AUGACACCCGACCCCAACAAGCACGUUGUGCCCUCACGUUCUUCAGUUGCGCAGCUUAAUGCAGUGGACCCUGAGGGGGAACCACUCAUAUACGGGGUUUCAGGAGAAGAGGCCAUGAGGUUUUUUUCUGUGAACAAGGACACCGGUGUGGUCUGGCUUCGACAGCAGCUCGACCGUGAGACCAAGUCAGAGAUGCAGGUCGAGUUCUUCGUGAGUGACACUCAUGAGGUGGUCAAAGACACAGUAAACAUCCAGAUUGGAGAUGUGAAUGAUAAUGCACCGACCUUCCAUGGGCAGCCAUACUCUGUUCAUAUCCCUGAGAACACGGCGGUGGGCAGAUCAAUAUUCAUGGUCAACGCCACAGAUCCAGACCAAGGCACCGGGGGUAGUGUUCUCUUCUCUUUCCAGCCACCUACUCCCUUCUUUGCUAUAGAUGGAGCAAGAGGCAUUGUCACCAUCACCAGAGCUCUGGACUAUGAGACAACAUCUGCCUACCAGCUCACCGUAAACGCCACGGAUCAAGCCAAAGUGAGACCUCUGUCCCGGCUUGCAAACUUAGCUAUCACCAUCACUGAUGUCCAGGACAUGGAUCCUAUUUUCACCAAUCUACCCUACAGUACCAACAUAGAAGAAAACCUUCCCCUGGGUUAUGAAGUGCGGAAGAUAACAGCCAUUGACCAGGAUCUUGGCCAACCGAGGGGAAUUGGCUACACCAUCGUCUCAGGAAACACCAACAGUGUUUUUGCCCUGGACUACAUCAGUGGCUCCCUGACGGUGAAUGGCCAGCUGGACAGAGAAAACCCACUCUACUCAGCAGGAUUCACUCUCACUGUCAAGGCCACAGAGUUGAAGGAUAAUCGCAGUCCAUCAGACGCGACAGUGAUGACCACCUUCACCAUCCUAUUAAUUGACAAGAAUGAUAACGCCCCAAAGUUCAACAGCUCCGAAUACCGGGUUCGCAUCACUGAACUGGCCCAAGUGGGCUUUGCCCUGCCUCUCUACAUCCAGGUAGAAGAUAAAGAUGAGGGGGUGAACAGUAUGUUCCAGGUGUUUCUGACUGGAAACAAUUCAGCGUACUUCACCAUUUCUCCCACAGCGGUGCAGGGGCGUGCCGACAUCCGUGUGAGGGUUGCCAUACCACUAGACUAUGAACUGAUUCAGAGCUACAGCUUUUCACUUUAUGCCAACGAGUCCAUGUCGGAUCAUGUGGGAUUUUCUCAUGUCUUCAUUGAACUGAUCAAUGAAAAUGAUAACCGGCCCAUCUUCAGCAAACCUCUGUACAACAUCAGCGUUCCUGAAAACACGGAACCCGGUACAUCACUGUUGCGCAUCCUGGCCACAGAUGGAGAUGCAGGCUCUUUCGGGAUUGUCCGUUACUACUUUAGCGAUGAUCCAGACCAGUUUUCACUGGAUGAUGAAACAGGCUGGGUCACUCUGAAGGCCAGCCUCGACUAUGAGUUAAUGCGUCGUUUCACUCUGACCGUGCUGGCGAGGGACGGUGGUGGAGAAGAAACAACCGGAAGGAUCCGUGUAAAUGUGGUGGACGUCAACGACAACGCGCCACUCUUUCAGAAGGAGGCCUACAUGGGCUCGAUUAGAGAGAAUGAGCAGGCAGUGCAGUCCGUCACACGGAUCAAGGCUACUGAUGAGGAUUCUCCUCCCAAUAACUUCGUGACGUACACCAUCAUUUCAGCUUCACUCUUCCGUGAAUACUUCAGCAUCAUCAUGGUGGAAGGCUAUGCAGUUAUAAGCGUGACCAGGCCUCUGGACUAUGAGAUGGUUCCUAAAGGGAUGAUCUAUUUGACAGUGAUGGCCAAAGAUGGUGGAAACCCACCUCUUAAUAGCACUGUCCCAGUCACAGUGGAGGUGAUAGAUGAAAAUGACAAUCCACCUGAGUUCAGCAAAUCAUCUUACGUCAUCAAAAUCCCAGAGAACCUUAUCGCAGGGGCAACUGUACUGGUUGUAAAUGCAACUGAUUUGGAUUCCUCACGGGAGUUUGGCCAGGCCUCUCUUAUCUACUCUCUGGAAGGAUCCUCUCAGUUUCGUCUUAACUCACGCUCAGGAGAGCUCACAACCACAGCCCUGCUGGACCGGGAGCAGAAGUCAGAGUUCAUCCUGAUUGUGAGAGCUGUGGAUGGAGGAGUUGGUCCUCAGCAGAAGACUGGCAUUGCCACUGUGAACAUCACCAUCCUUGACAUCAAUGACAACGCCCCUGUGUGGCAAGAGGAGCCAUAUGAAGCCAACGUUGUGGAGAUGAGUCCAAUAAACACUGAUGUUAUCUCUGUGUUGGCACUAGAUCCAGAUAAUGGCGAAAAUGGAACCGUGAUGUACAGUAUCAGCCCUGCAAACCCCUUCUACACCAUCGACAGCAGAACAGGGAAGAUCCGCACCAGCGGGGUCACUCUGGACAGGGAAAGCACAAACUCCAGAGACAUGGUCCUCAUGAGGACCAUCAUAGUGUCUGCUGUUGACCGAGGCACACCUCCACUGCGUGCAUCCGUCAGCGCCACAGUAUCUGUCAACCUGCAGGAUCUUAAUGAUAACGACCCAACCUUCCUGAACCUGCCGUUUGUUGCAGAAGUACUAGAGGGACUACCCAGUGGAACCUCAUUUUUUAGGGUCCAGGCAGUGGACCCAGAUAAGGAUGAGAAUGGUCGCGUUACAUUGGCGUUACAGAUGGGAAUGCCUCGUCUUGAUUUUUACCUCAACUCCUCCAACGGUGUUCUCACCUCGAGAGCUGUGCUGGAUCGGGAACAGAUCGGGCUGUAUUAUUUGAGGAUUAUUGCACAUGACGCUGGGGAAUUUCCUCGUACCUCCACUUCAACUCUCACUGUUUCAGUUCUGGAUGUCAAUGAUGAGACGCCCACCUUCAACCCCAGAGUAUACAAUGUUUCCCUGAUGGAGAAUGUCCCAAGAAACCACAUUGUUGCACAACUUAUCUGCUUUGACAACGAUACUGGACUCAACGCAGAACUUAGCUACUUCAUCACAGGUGGGAAUCAAGAUGGUAAAUUCAGUGUUGGCUUCCGAGAUGGAGUUGUUAGGACUGUGGUGGGCUUGGACAGAGAGACUCAGAAGGAAUACACUCUGGUUAUUGAGGCAAUAGACAACGGUCCAGCUGGCAGCCGAAGGACGGGCACUGCUACUGUAUUUGUUGAGGUGCUGGAUGUCAAUGACAACAGGCCCAUCUUCCUCCAAAACAGUUAUGAGACCAGUAUUCUGGAAACGGUGCCCAGAGGAACGAGCAUCCUUCAGCUUCAAGCCACAGAUGCGGACCAAGGAGAAAAUGGAAGAGUUCUGUACAGGAUCCUGACCGGGAACAACAACAACCUGUUCAGCAUAGACAGACAGACUGGGCUGGUGACAAGAGGCAUCAGGGCUUUGGACAGAGAGACCAGCAGCUCCCACGUGUUGGAGGUUGAAGGCUACAACAGUGACGAAAGCAGCAUGAGGAGCUCUGUGAGGGUGAUCAUAUAUGUUGACGAUGCCAAUGAUGAGGUGCCAGUAUUCACCCAGCAACAGUACAACCGCCUGGGCCUGAGAGAAACUGCAGGAAUCGGGACCUCUGUGAUUGUGGUGCGUGCCACGGACCCUGACAGCGGCGAUGGUGGAGCUGUUGCCUACUCCAUUGUGUCCGGAGCAGACCACAAGUUUGAAGUAGACAUCAGCACCGGUCUACUUACUACUGUGGACUACUUGGACUACGAGACCAAGACCUCCUACCUCAUGAAUGUGUCAGCCACCGACCAGGCACCACCGUUUCACCAGGUCUUCUGCACAGUCUACGUCACCUUACUGAAUGAGCUGGAUGAGGCCGUGGCCUUUUUCUCUGCAGGCUACGAGGCUACUCUUCAGGAAAACAUCGCCACGGGGACGGAGGUGGUUCAGGUUCAGGCCAGGUCCCCUGACAACUUGAACCAGCUGACUUACCACUUUGACCCUGAUACAUCACCGGCAGCUUUAGCCCUCUUCAAGAUCGACAGCGUCACAGGUCGCAUCACAGUAAAAGGCUUGCUGGACAGAGAAAAAGGAGACUUUUACACUCUGACUGUUGUAGCUGACAAUGGAGGACCUAAGAAGGACUCCAAUGUGGUUUCCAUUACCAUUCUGGAUGAAAAUGACAACAGUCCAGUGUUUGACAUAACAUCUGAUACUUCUGUGAGCGUCCCAGAAAACACAGCCAUGGGGAAAAAAGUGGCAGUGGUGCUGGCAAAAGACAUAGAUGCUGGAUUAAAUGGACUGGUUAAUUUCAGCCUGGUUGCUGGCAACAUGGAGGAUGUGUUCAUGAUCAAGACAGUGAACAACUCCCACGGGGUGGUUUACGUCAACGCUGCUCUGGACAGAGAGUCAAUAGAUCGCUACCUACUGAAGGUCCGUGCCACCGACAAUGGCUCACCGACCAGACACACAGACCACUCACUCACCGUCAACAUCCUGGAUGUCAAUGAUAACGCGCCUGUUUUAGAAAGUCAGAGAGGAUACAACGUCAGCGUAAACGAGAACGUUGGAGGAGGUACCUCAGUCCUUCGAGUCAUCGCUACUGAUAGGGACAUAGGUCCGAAUGCCAUGCUGUUUUAUUACAUCACUGAUGGAAACCUGGACAUGACUUUCCGCAUGGACCGCAUGACUGGAGAGAUGGUGACUCGGCCUGCCCCUCCUGACCGAGAGCGACAGCAGGAGUAUCGCCUCAUCGUCGCUGUGGAAGAUGACGGCACGCCCCCUCUGUCGACCUCAACCACCGUCUACAUUCGAAUUGUGGAUGAGAACGACAACGCCCCAGAGUUUCCCGAAGAGGAGUAUGUCACAGUGCUGAGCGAGGGACCCGACACUGUGGGGGCCACCAUCGCCACGGUAACAGCCAUUGACCCAGAUGAAGGUCUGAAUGGGACCUUGCGGUAUGCAAUCAUCAAGGGCAACCUAAUCCAGACGUUCAACAUCAACAGCAUCACUGUAAGGCAUCUAAACUGUUAUUCUGUAGCAGGUACAGGGGAUGGAGGGAUAAACAGUUAAAGAAGACAAGCAAACAAAUAAAUAAC